AUGAACAUUCUCAUUUUCUUCCUAAUUUUAACCUCACAAAUAAUCUACAAUCUUCCAAUAACUUCAUCCCAAUUAACUGAUCCCCCUCCCUACUCCGGCAACCAAGGCCAAUGGCGCCUUCUCCACUCCUCCGUCGGCAUCUCCGCCAUGCACAUGCAACUCCUACGUACCAACAAAGUCAUCAUGUUCGACCGCACCGAUUACGGCCCUUCCAACAUCUCCCUCCCCCGCGGCCAAUGCCGCCACGACCCCAACGACGCCGCCCUCAAAGUAGACUGCACGGCUCACUCCAUCCUCUAUGACCUCGGCUCAAACACAUUUCGCCCCCUCACCGUCCACACCGAUACAUGGUGCUCCUCCGGUUCCGUCCUCCCUGACGGAACUCUCGUCCAGACCGGCGGAUACAACGACGGCGACCGCGUCGUCCGCACGUUCUCUCCAUGCAACAACGACAAUUGUGAUUGGCUCGAGCUGCCGAACUAUUUAAUACAACGUAGGUGGUACGCUACUAAUCAAAUACUACCGGACGGCCGUGUAAUCAUUGUCGGCGGCCGCCAGCAAUUUAAUUACGAAUUUUAUCCUCGGAGUUCCCAAAACCAAGGUGGGCCCCGCACAAUCCGGCUCGAAUUUUUGAGACAAACUACGGACCAAGACGAAAACAAUUUGUACCCAUUUCUCCACUUGUUACCGGACGGAAAUUUAUUUAUUUUCGCCAACACAAAAUCUAUAAUCUUCGAUUACAGCCAAAACGCAGUCGUCCGAGAGCUCCCCAACAUCCCCGGCGGGGACCCACGUAACUAUCCGAGCACGGGCUCGUCAGUUUUGCUUCCACUAGACGAAAACACACCCAACGGAAGCAUAGAAGUCGAGAUAAUGGUCUGCGGCGGUGCGCCGCGGAACUCGUACGUGCUCGCGUUACACGGAGAGUUCAUCAACGCGCUUGGCACCUGCGGGCGGCUCAACGUGUACGACCCGAACCCGAGGUGGGUCGUGGAGCUUAUGCCGGUUCCUCGAGUCAUGGCUGAUAUGCUUCUUCUGCCGACCGGAGACGUCGUCAUCAUAAACGGUGCCGCACAAGGAGCGGCCGGUUGGGAAAACGGGCGCGAUCCGGUUACCACACCUGUCAUUUACAGGCCGUCAGAGGUUCUGAACCACAGGUUUUCGGUCAUGAUCGGUUCGCCGAGAGCGAGACUGUACCAUUCCACGGCUGUCCUGGUACCUGACGGCCGGAUUUUGGUCGGCGGAAGCAAUCCGCACGCUUACUACAACUUCACCGGCGUCGAGUACCCGACUGAUCUGAGCCUGGAGGCGUUUUCACCGCCGUAUUUGUCGGAGGAGUACGACCUGGUUCGGCCGAGGAUAGCUGCGAUAGACGUGGUUUUCGGGUACCGGCAGUUGAUUUCUGUCGAGAUAUUGGUGCCGGAGUCUCUGUCGGUGAGGGUUUUGUCGGUGAGAUUGGUUGCUCCGUCGUUUACGACGCACUCAUUUGCGAUGAAUCAGAGGAUGGUGAUAUUGAAGCUGAUCGGAGUGACGCACGUGGCGGCGGGUACGUAUAGGGUGAACUUGGUGGGGCCGUCGACGGCGGAGAUUGCGCCACCGGGUUAUUAUCUGCUGUUUGUGGUGCACGCCGAUAUUCCUAGCUCCGCUGCAUGGGUGAGGGUGCAGUGAAUCAGUGACUGACAAUG